GUCUGGGCCAGUACUUUUCCCCUCAGACCUUAGAGCUGGGAGCUGGUGGGGAGCUAGGAUGUAACCUCCCACAAUCUCUUAAAAUACACACAUCAACAACAACUAGGAACUGUGCCCACGUAGGGUAAGGAGCAAGCCAUGUGACCAGAAGUGGCCCAAUGCGGGAUGUCAGCCCAGGAGCUCACUGUCCGUCUGUGCCAGGAGGGGGAGAAGCACCUAACUCUGGAUGAGCUCCCACUGGCCACUGCCUUCUACUUGGCUGCGUUCAGCUGCCACCCAUCCUCUGUGGUACAGAGGGCACAGCAGUCCCUGAGCCAGGAGCAGACGGGGCAGGUGGUCUCCAUGCUGGAGGCCUGGUGCCGGGGAGAAGCCCAGAUCCCCUCUAUCCACUGGGAUGGCAUGGCCGUGGUCUCCCUCACUGUGGCCCUGGCUGCUGCCUUCCUCAGUGCCCUCCACCCCAACAACCUGGCCGCCUCCCUCUAUAGGCUGGCCACCCUGAUGGGGCAGGGACGACACGAGGAGGUGGCCAGGAGAUGUACCGCUCUUCUGGACGUCCAGGCCCCGGGGUCCCUGGAGCUGCGGCUCACUAGAGCCCUGGCAUGGAUCCUGUCUGGGGCCAAAGUGGGUGAUGGCGUGGUUGAAUAUGUCCGGGCUUUUGCUGCGCAUGCCAACCGGACCCUGGGCUUUAUCCUGUCUCACCAACGGGACCACCUCCCCCUGAUCAUCAGUGCCUGCCGGGAUAACCUCCUGGAGCAGCCCAAGGCAGAGGCAGCUGGGGGCCGGUGGUUCAGUGACUGCCGCCGCUUCCUAGCUGCCCUGGGCCCCAGAGAGCCCCAGGCAUCCUGCACUCAGGCUGUGUCUCUGCUCCGGAUGGGCAGAUUGGAGCAGUGCGUGACUAUGUGCAGCCAGAUCCUCGAAUCAACCUCGACAAGCAGCAAACUCCAAGGAGAGAGUGCACCCAUCCUGCUGGUUACCCGUGCAGCAGCCUCUUUUGCCCUUGGUCGUGGGAGCCGGGAGACGCUUCAAGACCUACAGGAAGCCUUUCGGAUGAACCCCGACUGUGCCAAGAGGCAUCUAGACGAGGUGUUCUCACCCCGGGACAUGGAACAGAUCCUAACGCAGGCCCAGGAGAUAUUGGAGACCGACUUUUCCCGUUUCCGAGAAGCCGUGAGAACUCGCGUCGAGCUCCGAGCCGACGCGGGGAUAGAGCUGCUGGCUCCUGUCAUCCGGACCCUGCGAUUCCUCCUACGUGUGGCUCCCCUCGGGGCCCAGAGAGAGCUGAGCAUCCGGCUCAUUGACUGCCUGCUGUUGUCUGGUGACACCCAAGCGGCCCUGGGACUCUGCGAUCGCCUCCUUCGGGCCGAGCACCCCACCUACCUCAGCACCUUGCUCACGCUCCGGGGUUUCUGCACCCUCCAUGCAGGGGAGGCCGAGCGAGCCCUGGAAGACUUUCAGGCAGUGGUGGGACACGAGGCUCCCCACCCUGGGAGCUGCGUGAGAGCCCUGUGUGGACGCGGGUUGCUGCGGCUGCUGGCGGGCAGUCCGUACCUGGCCACACUGGACUAUAUCACCGCCUCCAGGCUGAGGCUGCAAGAAGCCGUCUUCACCGUUAAGUCCUACAUCCCCUGGAAUCAGCGGGGGUUGCUGCUGAAGGUGCUGCAGGAAGAGGGGCAGAAGAUGCUGCAGAGGAGGGCAGAGUCCGCCCCGGGAAGCACCAGCGCCCGCUGGAAGAAGGCAACAGAGGAGGACAGCAGCCUUCCUGCGAAAGAGGGGGAUGCCUGUGGGGUUCACCAGCUGGCGGGCCUUCUGAUGGAGCUGGAUGCAGAUGAUGAAAUAUCCAGGCUUCUGAGUGCAGAUGCCCUCUACCAAAUGGGCCGUAUUGAAGAUGCCCACAAGACCCUCUUGGUGGCACUGUCUAAGACCUCCCACACGGCCCCCAUCCUGGCCCGCCUGGCCCUGCUGCAGCUAAGGAAAGGCUUUUUCUAUGAUGCCAACCAGCUGAUAAAGAAAGUUAUCCAGAUUGGGGAUACUUCCUGCCUCCAGCUAAUCAUGGAGAUCUUCAGGGAAGAGGACCGGAAACUCCUGCAAACCCACUGUCACUCAAGGGCUGUGACUAUCCUGAAGAAUAAACAAGGGGACACGUACACCAAAGAGGCCAUUGCCUACCUCUCUCUCGCCAUCAUUGCCUCAGGAAGCCUGGCCAGUGAAUCUCUCCUGGCCAGGGCCCGAUGCUAUGGACACCUAGGGCAGAAGAAAACAGCCAUUUAUGACUUCAACACCAUUCUCAAGACUGACCCAACCAAUGUGCAGGCUCUGUGUGGUCGGGCAUUUAUGCAUCUGGUUCUGAAUCAGCAGAAGGAGGCUGUGGACAACAUCAUUUCAGCCCUUACCCUGGACACGGCAGGGGUGGUCCCUGAGAUCCUGUCGCUGAAACAAGAAGCCCAGGCCUUCAUCACUCAAGGCCUCUACUCCCACUGCAGAUCUGAGCUGAGCCAGCUGGCUUCAGAUAGGGGCCUUCCUAGGGAAGAAUCUUCCAAGAAAUUGUUGACCAUUGGGGAGGCACUCAUUAAAAUAGAUGCCACAAGAUCCAGCUGGCACAUCCUCCUUGCAGAUGUUUUGAUUUUGACAGGUUGCUAUGAGAAGGCUCUUGAACAACUACAGGAAGUCCUUGGCCGCAAUCCUGGGUCUGAGCCUGCCCAGGCCCGUCUGGGAUUCCUCCAGUUGAAGAAGAGAAAUACUGUAGCUGCCAUUCACAACUUGCAGCCCCUGGCUGGGAAAGACCCCGAGGAUCUAGGGUUCCUCUUGCAUCUGUUGGACACUAGGCAGCGGCACAGCCUGUCUCAGGCAGCAGCUGAAGAAGGAGAUAACCUAGAGAAGGAUGAGUGCCCAGAGAAGGCCCUCGGCUAUUAUACCCUGGCUGCCCUGGCCAGCAAUGGGAACCCCAGGUACCUCCGGCUAAGGGCAUCGUGCCUGUCCCACCUGCAGGACUUCAGCCAGGCCCUCAGAGACUUGGACAAAGUGAUCCAAAAGCACACAGCCAGUGACCUCCAGACACGGGUGGAAGAUUUUUGCUCUAGAGGCCGCCUGUUUUUGGGUCUCUCAGAUGAGGCCAGUGCUGUAGAAGAGUUCAUCCGAGCCUUCCAGCUCUCUCCAUCCCUGGCCCUGAGCAGUGUUUCUGCUCAGCCAGGACCCAAAGCGCUGGCUCAGAUGUUUCACCUGGCAGGUCAGCACUGCUUGGAGGAACAGCGCUAUGAGGAUUCAUGGAAGGUGGUGGAGUAUGGCCUCCUCCUAGAUGAAAAUAGCAGUGACUUGAAGAAGCUUCGGGGGAGGAUCAAGAGAGAAGCCUCAUCAGGCUGCACUAUUCAUUGACCUGCAGGACAACAGGGGCCUUUAAAAGCCAGCCCAUCAAAAAGGACCUGUUUGUACAAAAUAUUGAUAGCAGCUCUUUUUGUGGUGGCUAAGAAGUGGAAAUCAAAGAGAUACCCACCUAUAGGGGAAUGGCUAAGUAAGUUGUGGCAUAUGCUUGUGAUGAAAUUUUAUUGUGCUAUAAGAAAUGACAAGUAGGAUGAUUUCAGAAAAACCUGGAAAGACUUACAUGAACUGAUGCAAAGUAA